AUGUGCAAACCACAGGUGGACGGUUACGAGGUCAAGUCCACCAAGCGCGUGCUCAACAGCAACAGCAUCGACCCCAAGGCCAAGGUGACCUCCCUGGCGCCUGGCAAAGAGUACAAGUUCCUCAUCACCCCCCAGAACAAGCGCGGCGGCGGCCCCACCACCCGCGUGACCUACAAGAUGAAGCAGAAGUUUGAGGUCGUGGCGUCGGGGUCCGUCCCCGCCAAGGGCCGCCGCAUGUUCGCCGCGUAA